GCGCCUUCUUCCCCCGUCGAGAACUUCGCGGCUCCGUCCCAGCCUCGACGCCUCCUCUUCUCCUUCUCCAUCUCUCUCCGGGCACAGCCGCUGCGCCAUGAGCCACCACCACCACUCCGGUGCCAUCCGCGCCACCUCGUACCGCCGCACUUUCGGGCCGCCGCAUGUGUCCCCUCUGUCGUACUCCUCGUCCCGCCUGGCUUCGUCCUCUUCGGCCACGCGGCUGCUGAGCACGCCCUCGACGGCGGCAUCCUUGCGCUCCUACCGGGCCGGUGGCGGCGGCGCGGUGACCUUCCGCUCCUCCAGCGCGCCGGCUCCGCGCUACGCCUACGGGGCCGCCGAGAAGCUGGACUUCUCGGUAGCCGAGGCGCUGAACCAGGAGUUCCUGGCCACGCGGAGCAACGAGAAGCAGGAGCUGCAGGAGCUCAACGACCGCUUCGCCAGCUUCAUCGAGAAAGUGCGCUACCUGGAGACGCAGAACGCGGCGCUGCUGGCCGAGCUGGGCCACGCGCGCUCCAAGGAGACCACGCGCGCCGCCGACCUCUUCCAAGACGAGCUCCGCGAGCUACGCAGGCAGGUGGACGCGCUGGGCAAGGAUCGCGACCGUCUGCAGGUCGAGAGGGACAACAUGGCCGAGGAUCUUGCCGCCCUCAAGCAGAGGCUGGAUGAGGAAAUGCACAAGCGCGAAGAUGCUGAAGGGAACCUGGUUUUGUUCCGCAAGGAUGUGGACGAUGCCACCCUCUCGCGCCUGGAGCUGGAGCGCAAGAUCGAAUCCCUCAUGGAUGAAAUUGAAUUCCUCAAGAAACUGCAUGAAGAGGAGCUGCACGACAUGCAGGUGAGCAUGCACAGCCAGCAGCAGGUGCAAGUGGAGGUGGAGCAGGCUAAGCCGGACCUGACAGCCGCCCUGCGGGACAUCCGCACCCAGUAUGAGAGCAUCGCGGUCAAGAACCUGCAGGAGGCCGAGGAGUGGUACAAAUCCAAGUUUGCUGACCUGUCGGACGCAGCCAACCGGAACCACGAAGCGCUUCGCCAGGCCAAGCAGGAGAUGAACGAAUCCCGGCGCCAGAUCCAGAGCCUCACCUGUGAAGUGGAUGGACUCAAAGGAACGAACGAAGCUUUGCUGAGGCAGAUGCGAGACCUGGAGGACCAAUACGGGGUAGAGAUGGGCUCGUACCAGGACACGGUGGCACGGCUAGAGCAGGAGAUCCAACACAUGAAGGAAGAGAUGGCACGGCACUUGCGGGAGUACCAGGACCUGCUGAAUGUCAAAAUGGCCCUCGACAUCGAGAUUGCCACCUACCGCAAGCUUCUGGAGGGGGAGGAGAGCAGGAUUGCAGUGCCGGUUCAGUCCAUGGCCUCCUUCGGCUUCAAAACGACAGUUUCAGAGCCAGAGCCAACGGUGGAGAGCCACUCUAGGAAGACAGUGCUGAUCAAAACCAUUGAGACCCGGGAUGGAGAGGUGGUGACUGAAUCGAGGAAAGAGCAGAGAUCUGAGAUAGAGAAGUGAUGUGGGGAACCCCAGACACCUCCUCCCUCCUUCCCCCACACCCCCCAAUGCCGUGGAGACGGGCACUCAGCUAUCCAAUGUGCAGAAGUCCCAGCAGCAGACAACCCCCCCCCCAAGCCGCACUGGCCUUAUUUAUGAUGAUGGUGAAUGAUACCUCUGACCUCCGACCGCCUUCCCCCACUGUACCAGGCUUCCCCAGCCAGCCCUGCUCCUUCAAUGUGCACUUCUAGCCUUCCUGGGGGGGCAGCCUGGUUGCGACCCCAGCAAUAACCACACACGGGCUGGAGAGCGGGGAGUUUCUCCGUCCCCGCUUUCCUCUUCCAGCUGCCUCCUACCUCUUUUAACCACACAGUCUCUCGCCUUGCCCGUUCCAGCCGGUGUCGCCGUGAAAGAAGAGGAGCGUUGCCUUUCUACAGGGCUUCGGGCAUUAAUCCAUGAAAGCCCAGGCUUGGCUGGCACAGAUCUGCCAGUUGUGUGUAGAGCCUAACCCUGGUGGCGAUUGCGAGAUCAAGUCCGUAGAGCAGGCACCCCCAAACUCGGCCCUCCAGAUGUUUUGGGACUACAAUUCCCAUCAUCCCUGACCACUG